AUGACUGGUCCCUCAAACCAGCAAUCCUCGAAGCGUUGGCAUCGAGCCUGUGAGAAUUGCAGGCGGAAGAAGACUCGAUGUCCAGGUGAAAGGCCUUCUUGUUCAACGUGUACGCGACUUGUACAAGUUUGCCGAUAUGGCGAUGAGGCCGUACUCGCAGUUCCAUCGGGAAAAGAAAAUGGGAAGAAUAUCGAGGGGCGCUUGGCACAGCUGGAAGAGAAGAUGGAAUUGAUGCUUGAAAGAGUAAACCCGGUGCCGUCAACUCAAGAGCAGAUAUCCCGAUUGUCUAGUCAUUCGCAGUCACCUAUUCAUCAAGUAACACAUACUGUGUCUCAUGAUCAACCGCCGAAAUCAACCGGAACAGAACCUCUCCCGCCGACAGAUAUUAUUGUAGAAAUUAUUCGUCUCUAUUUCCAAUACUGUCAUCGCCAGCCGCUCUGGCUAUUCGAGCGUGAGGAUCUUUCUUCGCCUCAAACACUACCAGAAGAGGUUAUUUACUCACUUUUGGCACUUGCUAUUCGCUUUUCGAAUCGAGAAUUCUUUGCCAGCGGCUCGGAGAAACUGUCGCAGAAAUACGCGGAAGUUGCCCGUGGCCAUAUCAUGUUUAGAGUCGCGCAAGGUGGUGUGAAAUUGUCAACCAUACAGAGUUUAUGCUUGCUAGCCUUUUCAAAUUUCGUUGCUCAGGACACUCAUCUUUCUUGGCUUCACAUCAAUUUAGCAAAUGCUCUCUCUACAGGUGCCGAUAUGGAUAUAGAGAAGAACAGCGAAGUCUAUUCCCCAAAUGCAGAGGCAAAAAGAAGAGUUUUCUACAGCAUACAUCUGCUGAAUCAACUUUAUGCACCACGCUUAAUGAUGUUGAAUAUGCUAGAUGAUAUCGACGACCCGAGAUAUAUGGAACCUAAACGAGAUUCGUUAAGGGAAUCAGGUAGACCACCACCAUUAACACCACAAGAUUCAGCAACUAUCACAAGGACCGAACGCGGUGCUAUAUGGACAUAUAUGGUUCAACAAUCGUCCUUGUGGCGGGAAGUUCGAGGCUACGUUGCGCAGUGUGCAGAUGGCAAUCCAAAGCCUCCUUGGUCUCCAGAGUCCGACUAUGCAAUCAUAGGCGCGCAUUUAAUGGAAGUUGAGACUCGUUUUCCAACAUAUCAUCGCUACGACGCGGUGAGAUUUCUCGACCGUUCUAACGAAGAGCUGCAGAGCAAUCGCGACUUCUGGAGCCCCUGGUUGUAUCUGCAAUUCGCGUAUCACGCCAUUCAUAGCAUGCUUAAUCAUCCAUUUCUAUAUUCGUCACGCCCGCAUCAGUCUAUUCAAAUGUCUGUUCCCAAUACCUUUUGGAAAACAUCAUCUGAAUUAGCAAUGCUUCAUUCGACAUGGACAGCUCGAUUGAUUGACAUGGUAUGGGAGAAAGACUAUCGAGUUUCGGACCCAUUUAUCGGUUACUGCGCUGCCAUUGCUGCCACUAUACAUAUAUACUAUUGCCGCGCUGCCGAUAUCCGAGUCCGCACUUCAGCGCAGAGUAAGCUUGCCAAAUGCAUGCGAUUUGUUGACGAGUUGGGCACAGUGUGGCCGGUUUGUCAGUGGAUGUACGACUGUUUAGACACAUUAGUUCAAUCGGCGUUUAAAUCGACUCACCAUACGGAUGAACUAGACACCAGCCGCAGGACUGUCUCUAUAAACACAUCUUUAAUGUGGGACAUUCUCGAUUAUACCUGUCCGAAGAAAUCCUCACACAAACCAGGACGAGGUCUUUUUGAUUCUUCGUUCAUCAAUGAUCCUACAGACCAUGGAGAACUCAAAGAUAACGAGGACGACGAGGGCAAUACCGUCGAAACACAAAUCUUCCAUCGUCCAAACCCCGCCGCUGAAGUCGACACGUCCAACGGGGGCCAGGAAUUUCCGCCCUUUUCUGAUGCUGCUGUACGCGGCAACACUACUAGAGUAGCACCAGGGCGGACUGGAUAUUCAGCGAUGGCUGAGGAGCGUCUUGCACUGCAGCAACAGCAUCAAACCGACCUUUCUGUAUGGUCGGGAGCUGAAAUGAUGGAGAAUUCGGCCGUUAUGGAUAUCAGUUAUGAUCCUUUCUUUCAGUUUCAAGACCAGGCCGGCCAUCACACUGGCUUCUGGGAGGUUGGCAACUUAUAA